CGAAAUUAUUUGAUUAGCUGUUAUAAUUUUUUUUUUAAUUUGUCUGUCGAUCGAUCAUCAGAUUUUGUCUUAUUUCCGAUGACAUGAUAACUAAUUAAAAAUGGAUUUGACAAACCAGAAACUGCAUGAACAGACUAUUUUACGUAAAGCAUUAAUUAAUGUGAGUUACAAAAAAAACAUUAAUUAAUGUGAUAAUUCUUAAAAGAAAAAAAUGGCAUGACUAUCGUUGCAUGCAUAAUUUAAUUUGUUUAACAACGUUUUUAAAUAAUAAAAAGGUUCCAAUAACCUUUAUAGUCUCUAUCUCUCUAUAUAUACAUGACAUCACGACAUAACUCCAACUUAUAACCACCAAUAAAUCAAGAAAAUCCCUCUCCAACAAAAGUAAAUAAACACAUAUAUAUAUCCAAAAAAAUAAAAAGACAUCACCACUUUACUGUUCUUCGUCUCAACACGGGAAAACGCAUAAAUGUCGAGUAAAAUAGCGGCGGAGGUAGCUGCGGCUGCGGUGGUGGUGGUGAGAGAAUACGAUGAAGAAACCGACAAGCGUGACGUGGAGGAGAUGGAACGUGAAUGUGAUGAGACCGGACCGCAUGGCAAACCGGUGAUGGUCUCUGAUUUAUUAGGAGAUCCGGUUCGUCGCGUCCGUCACUUUCCAUGCCAUACUAUGCUGGUUGCAGAGUAUGGAGAAGGAAGAAAGAUGGUGGGAGUUGUGAGAGGAUGCGUUAAAACCGUGACUAGAGGAAACUCAAUCUAUGUCAAACUCGCUUAUGUUCUUGGUCUUAGAGUUUCACCUUCCCAUCGGAACUUAGGCAUAGGAACAAAACUGGUGCAAACACUUGAAGAAUGGUUUAAACAACAAGGCGCAACUUACUCGUACAUGGCCACUGAUUGUACCAACGAGUCUUCCAUUAACUUGUUCACCAAGAAAUGUUCCUACAUCAAGUUCCGUACACCGACAAUGCUGGUUCAACCGGUUCACGCCCAUUCCAAACCAAUUUGUUCAGAUAUCACAAUCCUCCGGUUAACCACCAAAACCGCUGAAUCAAUCUACACCCGGGUUUUCAAAGACUCAGAGUUCUUCCCUCGUGACAUCGACGCAAUAUUAACCAGCCGCAACAGCUUAGGAACGUUUAUAGCGUUCCCAAAAGAAGAACACGGUCACAAAUCUAACCGCUUAGACCGCGAUUUCCCAACGGAUUAUGCGAUAUUAAGUGUAUGGAGCACCAAAGAUGUAUUCAGGCUGCAAAUGAAAGGCGUUUCCCGGUUAACUCACGCGUGCUGCUCCGGUUCGAGAUUACUUGAUUCUUGCAUGCCGUGGAUGAAACUACCCUCGUUCCCUAACGUGUUCGACAAGUUUUGGGUUUAUUUCACGUACGGUAUGCACAUGGAAGGCAGAGACGGUCCACGGCUCAUGAAAAGUUUAUGCUAUUUUGUUCAUAACAUUGGGAGACACGACGGAGGAUGUGGAGCUGUUGCGACGGAGAUUAGUCCUUUGGACCCGGUAGCUUCGGCUGUUCCUCAUUGGAAACGGCUUUCGUGGGCUCAAGAUCUUUGGUGCCUCAAGAAACUAUCCGAUGAACCUGAACUUUCCGAUUGGAGUAGCUCAAAAUCUUCUUCUUCUAACGUGAUUUUUGUUGAUCCUCGUGAUAUCUAAUUAAUGAAUACUGGCAUGAGGAUUGUACAUAGAAAUGAUAAAGAAAAACACCUUCAUGUGACAUUCUACAGUUAAGACUAUGUCCUGAGGUUGUAAGUAUAAGAGAAAAAAAAUCUGACA